ACUACCGAGAGGUGGUGUCGACCGACCGCUGCGGGUUUGUCAGCGAGAAGCCCCGAGAAAACACCACUUUCCCGAGGCCACUGAGUGACGGCGACCACCCGCGAAUUAGUACCGGAAGGGUCAGCGGCCGGCGGAGUCCAGGCGACCGAGGGGAAUAGGGUGAAUCCUGGAGGGAAAGCGCCUCGAAGUGAGCCCGGGGAUCCAAGCUAAUGCUAACAGAGCUAGCCGCCGCUGAAUAAUCACACGGAAACUCGUGUCGUGUUUUCGGCUCCGGGCUUUGACACAAGCUCCGCGGCUCCACGCCACAGAACCGGGGGGUGGAAUCUGUUUAAUCGCGGGGGUUGAAUUUUUAUUUCAAUCGAGGCGUUUGCUAUUUUUUUAGGCCACAAGCGACCCGACACUCGCUGGGCAGGAUUAGCCACGCUAGCCGGGUCGUGUUGAGGUGACGCCGGCUCUUCGCUGCUCGGGCCGGGCGAUCGAGUUAAACCGAGUCCGCUGCUGAAGCGACUUCACACCGGGAAGGAAUCAGUGUUUAUAAGUUAGCGAACCACUCGUGCUUCGUGAUGCUGAAACAACAGCAGCAAGCCGGCGGGAGGAAAGCAUCCAACGGAACCUCGGGCCCCGCCGGGGUGUCUUCCCCAGUCAGCGGCACCAACAGCAGGGCGCCCGCCGGGAGGAAUCGACCUUCUGCAAAGCCAUCAUUCCAGUCAUCUCCAGUUUUCGAGGGUGUGUACAACAAUGCCAGAAUGCUUCAUUUCCUCACAGCUGUUGUGGGUUCCACCUGUGACAUAAGAGUGAAGAAUGGCAGUGUGUUUGAAGGCGUUUUCAAGACUCUAAGUUCACGGUGUGAGUUGGCUGUGGAUGCUGUACACAAACGCGGUGAGGAGGAGGGACCAGCGUCGGUUCCACCGCGGAGAGAGGAAAUCACAGACACUAUGAUUUUCAGCCCCUCCGACCUGGUGACAAUGAUCUGCAAAGAUGUCGACCUCAACUUUGCCACAAGAGACACCUUCACAGACACAGCCAUCAGCUCCACCCGCGUCAACGGAGAACACAAGGAGAAGGUGCUGCAGAGAUGGGAGGGAGGAGACAGCAAUGGAGAGAGUUACGAUCUGGAAAAUGAUGCAUCCAAUGGCUGGGAUGCCAAUGAGAUGUUUCGUUUCAAUGAAGUAAAAUACGGAGUCACGUCAACGUAUGAUGCCAGCCUCUCCAUGUACACUGUGCCACUAGAAAGAGGAAACAAUGACACUUUCCGGCAGAGGGAGGCUCGUGCUGCUCGUCUGGCCAAUGAGAUUGAGUCAACCCCCCAGUAUCGCCACCGCGCCAACCUGGAAAACGACGAGGGCAAAAGCGAGGAAGAUAAGUUCAGUUCUGUGGUGCGGGACAGCGGUGAUCGGGAGAGGGGCCGCGAGAGCCCCCGUGACAGAGACCGUGAGAGGGGCCGAGACAGCCCUGGAGCCAGUACCAGGGACGGCAAGUACAUUCCAUUACCUCAGCGUCAGAGAGAGAUGAACCGGGAGCGUGAGCGAGCUGAGAGAGGGCCUGGCGGGCCUCCACCCCACAACCGUCUCAGCGGAGGUUACCGCUCCAACCCUCCAUCCUCCUCUUCCCCCAGACCUCCACUGCCCUCUGGUGCAGGGCCACAGCCGGGCGUCUCUCCCUCAGAGAGAAGCAGCCCUCUGUCGGGCCGAGGCGGUGCCUACGCCCCCCACCACCCACAGGGAAGUCCCAGCCCCGGCCCGGGCUCUGCCCCUGCCAACCCUUACACACCUGCCUCUCCUGGUGGACCAGCACCUACGCUGGCCUCUGCUUCAGCUGCCCCCUCUCCAGGAAGCCCCCCUGCCCCACACGGACACACAGUCCCUCAUUCCCACUCACUCCCACACUCGCUUUCUGAAGCUGGCAGGCCUGUGAAUGGAGUCUCUGCUAGAACUUCCCCUAAAGCCCAAAGACCUCCACAGUCAAGCAGGACCGCCCGUUCUACAAACUCACACAGUCAGUCCACAGCUGCUCGAUCUCCUAAAUCAGUCUCUUCCCAGGACCCGCCUUAUUUAGACACAUCAGCUGUCUCCCUGCCUCCCCAGAAGACAUCUGGCCCUGCCCCUCUCUUCCCUGUAGAUGUGAAUGAGAUUCUUGGUGCAGCUGCAAAAGAACGUGCAGCUGAGAGUGCCAUCAGCACAGAGGAAAGCAAGACUAAAGUCCCCUCAGUGCAGCAAAGGUCGCAGAUUGAGGCGCUGCGGAAAUUUGGCAAGGAAUUCAGGCUCCAGCCGAGUGGAGGCAACUCCAGCUCUCCAGCAGCAGCAACCCCUCCUGCUGUCGGUGAUGCUUCCCAGCCCGGCGCAGCCAAACAAUCGGACGCUCACCUUGCUUCAGACCCUAAAUCUCAGCCUCCAGCUGCCAGUCUCGCUCAGCCCCAACCUCAGGCUUCACCUGCUCCCUCUGAGGACCCCACCAAGGACAGCACGUCUACACCUGGCCCCACCACAGCUGCCACCUCAGCACCUGUCUCAGACAGGCAGUCGCCAGCCGUGCCACAGCCAGCCCGGACCCCGGGAAGUGAGGACGGCAGGUCUGAGUCGACGGAGGGUGUACCAGACCAAGUGAAGAAAUCAACCCUAAACCCCAACGCUAAAGAGUUCAACCCUAUUAAACCUCAGAUGCCUAUGACGAAACCCAACACUGCACCCACUCCACCUCGGCCAACUCCUCCCAGCCCGGUGGUCCUUCAGCACCCAGGUGGUCAGGGGCCCCUCUACACCACCCCCUACCUCUCCUACGUCUCGCAGAUGCACUCUGUGCAGCCACCACCGAUGUACCAGUACACUCUGUCAACAGUCAACCAGGGAAAAUACCCCAGGACCAAAGGCGCAGUAGUUGCUCAGCGCUCUGAUCAUGGUAAUUCAGGGCCUCAAAUGCUGCAAGCUGCAGCCUCAGCAGCCGGGGCUCCGCUGGUAGCAUCCCCCUACCCUCAGUCCUACCUUCAGUACAACCCACAGCAGUACGGCCAGCAGCAGGUCAUCCAGGCCAUGUCACCCUACCCUGGACAGCCAAUGUACUCCAUGCUGCAGGGAGGAGCCAGGAUGAUGACUCAAGGUGGUGGUCCCCAUCCACAGGCGUUGGGACCCCCGGGAGGCCCUCAGUUCGCUCAACAGGGAGACGGCCCUCAGGGACCACAGCAGGGCAUCUAUGCUCAACAGUCCUUCACCCACCACACGGGCGCAGUACAUCAGCCUCAGCCCUCCAGUACCCCGACAGGCAACCAGCCCCCUCCCCAACACUCUGCACCCAGCCCAGGACAGAACGCCCAGCAGGGUCAGCAGCAGCAGGCCUUGUACCACUCAGGUCCUAUGUCAGCUCCCACCCCCCCCAACAUGCCGCCGGGCCACACGUCACCACAGGGCUCGUACCCCAUCCAGGGCUACAGCAUCCACCAACACCAGGGCAUCCCACCCUCAUACCCCCUGGGGCAGUUAACACAGGCCCACGUGCAGGGAGCCAUGUCAGGUCCCCACCACUCGGGGAACCACGGUCAGCCCCAGUUAGUGAUGCUGCAGCCGCCUCAGCAGGGCCCCGGCUCCGUGCAGCAGCACCAGCAGCACGGACCUCAGCAAGGAGCACACCAGCACUUCUACAUAGGACAUCCACAAGCAAUGCAGGUACAAACGCAUCCUGCUUCCUUCCAUCCACCUGGAAACUAAACCGCUCCAGAGCCCUGGACACCACCCCCCCCUCCCUGACUGCUCCCCGGAAUGAGCCCCGACAUCCCCAC